AUGAUAGAGGACUGUAAAUUAUUGUUGAUAACGGAAUGGGGUAACGUGGCGACCAUGGAAGAGGAAGAAAGUGCCCUGUGGAUAAACAUAACCAAUGUGACUACGUCAUCAUAUUCAGACCGCGAUUCUCUGAACAUCAUUGUACCGCUAACAAUUAUCUAUUCGAUUAUAUUUGUCGCUGGGAUAUUGGGAAACAUCAGCACUUGUGUAGUGAUUUCCAGGAAUCGUUCUAUGCACACGGCGACCAACUUUUACUUAUUCAGUCUUGCUUUAUCUGAUCUCUUAUUACUUAUCUGUGGUUUGCCAAUAGAGUUGUAUCGCCUGUGGGACCCCAACUCGUAUCCCCUGGGGGAGCCCUUGUGUUUAUCUAUGGGUUUAAUCUCGGAGACGUCUGCGAACGCAACUGUUUUAACCAUAACUGCAUUCACUAUAGAACGAUAUAUAGCAAUAUGCCGUCCUUUUAUGUCCCAUACUAUGUCCAAAUCGUCGAGAGCAGUGCGAUAUAUUAUGGUAAUAUGGGUGUUCGCGUUAUGCACGGCUGUGCCGCAAGCGAUACAGUUCGGCAUAGUGACGUUUAACGAAAACGGACGUGAUAUAAGUGUGUGUACUGUAAAAGGACACGGUGUACAUGAAGUGUUUGUGAUAUCUAGUUUCGUGUUCUUUGUGGCGCCAAUGUCAUUAAUAACUGUUUUGUACGCGUUGAUUGGGGUCAAGUUGAAUUCUUCUCGGGUGCUGCACCCCGUGAAGAAGUCUUCGGUGGAUAGCCAUGACAAAAGUGGCUCAACCCGGUACAGGAACGGGGCAUCACAGCGUAGAGUUAUACGAAUGUUAGUGGCCGUGGCGUUAUCUUUUUUCCUGUGUUGGGCACCAUUCCACGUGCAGCGUAUACUUGCAAUAUAUGGCAAGAAUUUGGAACAUCCAAGUGCCACUUUUUAUCUAGUGUAUAUAGUCCUGACGUACCUAUCGGGAGUGCUGUACUUCUUGUCUACUGCUAUAAAUCCUUUCCUGUACAACAUAAUGUCCAACAAAUUUAGAAAUGCAUUCAAGAUGACGUUGUCAGUUUGGUGUACCAGAAGUGAUAUGCCUCGGUUGGGCCGAACUUACAGCGCGCUAUUGGCUUCACGACAGCAUGCUGCUGCAUCGCAACGGUCAAGGUCGCACCCUAAGUUGUUAAAGAGACUUUCCACUGCGACCACGCAGCUCGUCGAAGUUCCGUCCAGAGCGCAGCCAGGGCGAAGAACUCUGUCCAUCGUGAACGAAUUACCGAGUGGGACUUGGGUGUGGCAGCAACGCCGUUUGAACGAGGUAUCAGACUCCUACACGUCCCCACGGAGUAUAUCGAACUCGAGUUUACACGAAUUCGACCAAGAACUGAGUGGGGAGGAACUGGCUACGUAUAUGUAUCAAGUGAACUGCAAUAUCGGUGGCUUGACCUGA